CUCAAAAUAAUGACGUAUUUUACUCGACACAGCCGCGUGACACAUGUUAUAGGUAUUGUGUGGAGACUGUAGAAGCCCGGUUGGGUCCGUCUGUGACAAGUUUAGAUUGUGCUAGGCAGUGUAGCAGUAAGCAGAUACACAGUCACAUUUCACAGAGAAGACAGCGUCAGGACCCAAUGUCCAGUCUCUUUCACCCUUUGUUCAUUGUACUCCAGUUAACAAAGUCCACACACUGUUCAAACUCCAUUGUCCAACUACACCGGGCUGCCGACGCUGGCUAACGUAACGUUACUGACUAACGUAACGUUAGCCAGUAACGGACGUUGACUCUUCGCCAUGGGACCCACCAACCUGGAGAAGAUCAUCGCACUGCAGAGAAACCCUGCCAACAUCAGAAACCUGUGCAUUCUGGCACACGUUGACCACGGCAAAACUACUCUGGCUGACUGCUUAGUGGCGACUAAUGGUAUCAUAUCAAGUCGACUAGCUGGGAAGGUGAGGUAUCUGGACAGCAGGGAGGAUGAACAGAUCCGAGGAAUCACUAUGAAGUCCAGUGCCAUUUCUCUGCAUUACAGAAACGGUAAGCCCACUUUGGUUAGCCAACCCUUCAAAUAUUUCUGUCAUGAUUUGCUAUCAUUUCCUGUUUGUGUUUCUGGUUUUACACCAGCCUGAUCUUCUGAUGUGGUGUGUGAUUUUUAGAUGGCCUUUUUAAAUUUUAUAAUUUUAAGGAGAGAAAACCAGAGCCUUGUGUAUUUCAGUUGUGUUUGGUGCAGAGAGCUAUUGCUCUCUGCACCAACCUAUUUAACAAUGGUAAAUGUUAAAUAGGUUGCCUUUGUAGAGCGCCUUUCUAAUUUUCUGACCCCUCAAAGCACCAUACACUACAUGUCAACAUUCACCCAUUUUCACACACAUUCAUACACUGACGACACCAUGCAUGUCGUCACCUGCUCAUCUGUAUAUGAUUGACUGACACACACACACACACACACACGCACGUCAGGGCCAGCAAGGCCUUCCCUGCUG